CAGGACCUAUAUAACAGCUCUCUCCAGGUGGGAGACACAAGUUGAGUUCAACAAGGAAACAUGAAGACAUUCACUCUGAGUUUUCUCCUGAGCCUUUCAGCUGCAGUGUUCUGCAUGCCAUUGUCGCAACCUACAGUGCAGGAUGAACAGUUUGCAGAGCAUUACCUGAAGAGGUUUUUCAACCUGACAGAGGAAAGUGGUCCUGCGUUCAGAAGUGGCAUCAGUUCAGUGGCUAAGAAGCUGGUGGAGAUGCAAAAAUUCUUUGGCCUUCAGGUCACAGGGAACCUGGAUGCUGACACCUUGGCCAUGAUGAAGAAGCCACGCUGUGGUGUUCCAGAUGUAGAGAUUGCUCAAUUCUCCACUUUUGGAAACAAUCUGAAAUGGGGUAAAAACGACCUCACAUACAGGAUAGAGAACUACACACCGGACAUGACUGCAGCAGAGGUGGAUGACUCCAUGGAGAAAGCUCUUCAGGUUUGGGCCAAAGUUACUCCCCUCAGAUUCACAAGAAUUUACAGUGGCACAGCAGACAUCAUGAUCUCCUUUGGUCGCGGUGCACAUGGUGAUUUUUACCCCUUUGACGGCCCUGAUGGCACUCUUGCCCACGCCUUUGCUCCUUCUUCCGGCAUUGGAGGAGACGCUCACUUUGAUGAUGAUGAGACCUUUACUUUCCGCUCCAACACAGGCUACGUCCUCUUCAUGGUUGCUGCCCAUGAGUUUGGCCAUUCUCUGGGCUUGUCCCACUCUGAAGAUCCCGGUGCUCUCAUGUACCCUAUCUACUCUUACCAAAACCCAGAGAGGUUCAUUCUGCCGCAGGAUGAUGUCAGAGGGAUCCAGUCACUGUAUGGUGCGAACAAGGAUCCAAUUCCUCCUGGACCAACUGCUCCACCCACUCCUGAUGCCUGUGACUCCAACCUGGUCUUGGAUGCUGUUGCCACACUACGAGGAGAGACGCUCUUCUUUAAGAACAGCUUUUUCUGGCGUAGCUACCCUCAGAGUAACACACCUCAGCAAACUCUCAUUGCAAACUUCUGGCCCGAUGCCCCUGACAGUGUUGAUGCUGCUUAUGAGAGUCAACAGUCAGACAAAGUUCUUCUCUUUAAAGAUCGUAGAGUUUGGGCUUUCAGUGGGUAUGAUCUUGUACAGGACUAUCCCAAAUCAAUUUCCACCUUUGGUUUGCCCAAGAAUGUCAAGAAAGUUGAUGCAGCCCUCUAUGACCCAGAAACUGGCAAGACUCUCUUCUUUGUUGGCAGCAAUUACUACAGCUAUGAUGAGACUAGGAAGAGAAUGGAUGCAGGAUUCCCCAAGCGAGUAGAUGAAACCUUCUCUGGAAUGACCAGCAAGGUGACAGCAGCUCUAGAGUACAGAGGUUUCACCUACCUCUACAGUGGUCCCUACAUGUAUGAGUUCAGCUUGAGGACUGGGCGGAUGUUACGGGUGCUUAGUAACAGCUACUUCCUGCCGUGCACCAACUAUUAGAUCAGCUUUGCCAUAGCAAUGAAGAUACAAUAAUUCCGGAAUUCCAUCCAUAAUUUAUUAUAAUAGAACCUAUUUAUGCUGUUGUAUUGCCACACAGUUUUAGUUAAAUAAUUGACUCUUUAUUCUGUUAAUAAUGAUUUUUUAAUGCCAAACUGUUUUUUUUUAUAUUCCAGCUUUAAUUUUUGCCUUAUAUAUUUAGAUUGUUAAAUUAUUGCUGUUUUGGCUUUGUUACUUUUUGCUUUUAUGUUUAAAUAAUUUCAAUCGAACAGUAAGAACAGUGUUAUCAUUUUGUGUGUCCAAUUGUCAUGACUUUUUGACUGUAUGAAAAAAACAGGUAAUUGAAAAAUAAAAUGACAAAAAACA